CAACAGUUCUCAGACAGGCGGUUGUUCCAAAAACUAUCGGAUCUCCUGGCGCGCGGACUGAAACCAGCGGCUUUCCUGCGUUUUUACGCGCGGAGCUUUCCAUCGCGCGCCCCGCUGCAGCGCACCGGCUCCCCUCUCCCGCUGCUCCACCAUGGAGGACGAGUUCCCCCCCAACUUACCUCCGUAUUUCUCCGGAGAUCCCGAGGCUCUGAGCCCCAACUCCACCGAGGAGCCCGGCUGGUGGGCGUCCGCGGACGGCGGGGAGACGGUCCACUUCGUGGUGCGCUGCGUCAUGACCUCGCUGUACAUCCUCAUCAUCGCCGUGGGAUUGCUGGGCAACAUCACGCUGGUGAAGAUCUUCAUCACCAACAGCGCCAUGCGCAGCGUGCCCAACAUCUUCAUCUCCAGCCUGGCGGCGGGAGACCUGCUGCUGCUGGUCACCUGCGUGCCCGUGGACGCCUUCCGAUACUUCUCCGAGGAGUGGGUGUUCGGGGAGGCAGCGUGCAAGCUCAUCCCCGUCAUCCAGCUGACAUCUGUCGGCGUGUCGGUGUUCACGCUCACGGCGCUCAGCGCGGACAGGUAUAAGGCCAUCGUGAACCCGAUGGACAUCCAGACGUCCAGCGCCGUCUUCUGGACGUGUCUGAAAGCCGUUUCCAUCUGGCUGCUGUCCGUGCUCCUGGCGGUUCCUGAGGCCAUUUUCUCCCAGGUUGUUUCCAUGCAGGGUCACAGGGACAACAUGAACGUGACCUUCGUCAACUGCGUUCCCUACCCGCUGUCCAACCAGAUGCAUCCCAAGAUCCACUCCGUGAUGAUCUUCCUGGUUUAUUUUUUGAUCCCGCUGGCCAUCAUCUCCGUGUACUACUACCACAUCGCGCGCACGCUCAUCAAGAGCGCGCACGACAUGCCGGGGGAAGUCAGCGAGCACACCAGGAGACAGAUGGAGACCAGGAAGCGUCUGGCUAAGAUCGUGCUGGUUUUCGUGGGGCUGUUCGCUCUCUGCUGGUUCCCCAACCACGUGCUCUACAUGUACCGCUCCUUCCACUACCACCAGAUGGACCUGUCCCUGGCCCACCUGGUCAUCACCCUGCUGGCCAGAGUCCUCAGCUUCUCCUCGUCCUGCGUCAACCCGUUCGCCCUCUAUCUGCUCAGCGAGAGUUUCCGCCGACACUUCAACAGUCAGCUGCGAUGUGGCCGAGGUCCCCAUCCCGAGCGCCAGGCCAGCUACCUGCACAGCACCUCCCACAUCCGCCUCACCUCCAUCAAGAAGGCCACGCCCACCGCGACCAUCAUGGCUCCUGCAGCCAAUGGCACUGCCAGCAAGCAGGAAGCGGCGCUGUGAAGAAGCUCGCGUGUUCCUGGAGAUUCGGGGAAUGUACGGGACUCCUGGGGGAGAGUCCCCGGACAGUUGAGACGAGGAUGAGAAACUCGAGAAGCAUUUCCAAAAGUUGCUCCACCUUUCUGGACUCCAUCAUUUACAUCAUCGACCUGGCAACCAAAACAAGAAGUGCCUCUUGGAGUUAAAAGAGAACAGAAAAAGACUAAAAUAACUCUCUCUAUAUCUAUAUAUACUGUAUAUGACACAUUUGUUGUUGUUCUGCUUCUGUUGAAAGUUGUUACAGAAUUCAUUCCCUUCAAAAAUGACGGUGGAACCAAAACGACAGAACGAAGAUCGUGUGAGUUCCUCUGAUGUUCCAGCUUAUGUCUCUGUGCGGAAUUGUUUACAGAACAAAAGCGUUUCUUUGCUCAGCGGCUAAAUUACUUUCCAGGGAGUUGCUGCUCGUCUUUAUCUGCUGGACAUCAAGUGUCAGAGUGGAAGAGGUGACGUUUCCGAGAGAAUCUUUGGGGACCUUCUUUCCCUCCAAAACUUCAAGCUUUUAAACUUCUGUGAUGAUUUCCUUUAAACUCAUGAAAGUGACCAGCAGUUCUGAAGUCUGAACCCCUAAUCGAACACCAGAUCUCAGGUCUGUGGUGUAAACAAACCUGCUUUCUGAAGGUAGACGUCUGACGGGAAAACUAAUGUGAGAGGAUACAGCAUUAAAGUUGAGAUAAUGUGAGAGAGGUAGAAUCAAGCUUUUUAUUUCUUUUAUUCCUUUGUUUCUUUCGUUUUCUUUUGUUCCUCUGGUUUCUUUGUUUCCUUUGGCCCUUUGGUUUUCCGUUUUUUUUUUCGUUUGUUUGUUUCUCUGGUUCAUUUGGUUUCUUUGGUCCCCUUGGUUUUUUUCUGGGUUUUUUUGGUUACUUUGGGUUCUUUGGUUCCUUUGGUUGCGGCAGACCUGUCCAGGGUGUACUCUGCCUUCGCACAGAAAGGGGCCGGGUUCGGCUCUGGCAGCCCUGUGACCACAAAAAGCCCAAAACAGUUUAGAAAAUGGAUAGAUGGAUGGUUCCCAUGGUUCUCCAUAGUUUGUUAGGUCCUUUGGUUUCUUUGGGUUUUUUUUUUUUUGGGUGUACCCUGCCUUCACCCAGAAAAGGACAGGGUUAGGCUCCAGCAGCCCUGUGACCCCAGAAGGGACAAAGCGGUUUAUGGAUGGCUGAUUGACAUUCCUGGUUUGUUUGGUUCCUUUGGGUUCUUUGGUCCAUUUGGUUUCUUUGGUUCCUUUUUUUUUUGGUUCCUUUGGAUUUUGUUUCUGUUUAUUUUUCUUGUUUUCUUUCUUUGGAUUCAUUUGGUUUCUUUGGUUUCUUUGGUUCCCUUGUCAUCUUUUGAUCCUUUUUUUCUUCAGUUUCUUUGAUUAUUUUGGUUUCCACCCAGCUAACAUUUCAACUCGGGCUCCAUAGUAUUUACCUGUGUGCUGAAUUAAUGGAUCCCAAGUUGGUUCAUCCUCAGGUUCCAUAGAGGCCCAACAUGUUUUGCCCACUAAACUAAACUAAGAGGAUUUGCCACUAAUUUUGGUGAGAACCAACUGGGCUCAAUCCAUUACACUCAUAGGACCCAGAAGAGACCCAGAGUCCUCACAGAGAGGAUAAGUCACUGAGACCAGGUUGGUAAACGUUCUACCAAACCUCUUUUUUCUGAGUAACUUCUGACAGUCAUCUGUGUCUAUCAUUCUUUCUCUACAUAAACGUGAAGGGCUGAACUGACUCUCUUCUCAUGAAAUCCUCUUCCCACGAGACAAACUGGAAUUCACUGAACUGACCGACAUGAUGCUUUCAUUAAUCUUUCAGACCUUUCCUCCAUCUCUGUUAGACAUUUUUCUCUUGAUAAAUUCUUUUUUUUUCUUUUAUCCCCCAUUGGUUCAUCCAACAAGACCUCUUCUGAGAAAGUCUUGCAGAAACUGUUUUUUUUCCUCAAGUUUUUGGCAGAAAUGUAUUUUCAGGUUUCAGUGGUCGGUUUCCUGCGUGUCCCCUGAGGGAAAACCUCCAUCUGUCACGGCCGUGAGCAGCCAUUCCACCAGUUUAACAUUACAAUGUUUCCCAUUGACAGUGAUGUUUCAUAGAGAUGCAGAACAAUACUUUUCUCCUAAGUGACACGUUUUUCUUGUGAGCUUUAAAGCGGAUAAAGUGAACUUUAAUUACAGAUGUCUUUGACACUUUCCUUUAUAAUUAAUGGCCAUAUUUUUACAUUAACUUUUUGUGUGUCACUCCUGACCCGUCGGGCACUUCACUUCCUCAAGACGCAAUUAAUUAACUGCAAGUGACUAAAAUAUCUUUUCAAUUAUCCCAAAUGCAUAAUUUGCACCUUCUUUCAUUACAGGAAUUAACAUGUUUAUUGAAGUGCUGUGAAAUUAGUCAUUACAGCAAUGAAUGCUGGGAUUGCAUCGAGCUCCAGCAUGCUUCUGAAGCAGAAAAUGUGCAGCAAACAUUGGCUUUCUGCCCAAAAAAAUAAAUAAAAAAGUGAUUGAAUAAGACAAACAUUCAUGGUGGGUGCACAAACUAACAGAGCCAUGCAUAUGAAUGUCAUCCGCUUUGUGUUCCUGCUUCAGACUGUGAGGCUCUGACUGGGAUGUGUACAGUGCUCCACUUCUCUGGUUUUAUCUUUAAAAAGUUCCAUGUGUUUUCUCGGUCGUUCCAGGCAUGCUCCUUCUGUUCUGUGCUUGAAAAGUUCACAAACAUGUAAUAAAAGUUCCCCCAGCGCCGCCAUUAAACAAUUCUGAAAUUA